UUAAUCAAUGUUGAUUUCUAAAAUACUUUGAAAGUUUUGGAUUUCAUUUCAAUUUCCUCAUUUUAUAAUCAUUUGUUCUUUUCUUAUCUCCUUCCAUAUUGAUCCACUUCCCUCCUCUGAAUUUUAAGACAAAAUAGAUUUGUAAACUUCUGGGCUCUCUUCGUUUGACCCACAUUUUCUCGGGAAAAAUUCGUCUGAUUUCUCCGAUCGUCUCUUCAUUGAUCGGAAAACCAACCACGACCCAUUAUUCCUCGCCUGUUUCUGGCGCAAACCCUUGUAUCAAUUUUGGAUUUUGGUGAGAAAAAUUUAGGGAUCUGAAGAAAAAGAACACGAUGAUGACGAGUAUGGAAGGGAUGGUGGAGAAAGGAGUAUUGGAUGAUAUUAUAAGAAGAUUGUUAGAAGGUAAAGGAGGCAAACAGGUUCAGCUUUCCGAGAGCGAGAUUCGUCAACUCUGCUUUAACGCUCGUCAAAUCUUCCUCUCUCAACCUAAUCUUCUCGAUCUCCAUGCCCCAAUUCGUAUCUGUGGUGAUAUCCAUGGCCAGUAUCAAGAUCUUUUGAGGUUAUUUGAAUACGGAGGCUAUCCUCCUUCAGCAAACUAUCUAUUCCUUGGUGAUUACGUUGACAGAGGCAAGCAAAGUCUUGAGACCAUAUGUUUGCUUCUUGCUUACAAGAUUCGGUAUCCGUCGAAGAUAUAUCUGUUGAGAGGGAACCAUGAGGAUGCUAAGAUCAAUAGGAUUUACGGGUUUUAUGACGAGUGCAAACGGAGAUUUAAUGUACGACUUUGGAAGGUAUUUACUGAUUGCUUCAACUGUUUACCCGUAGCUGCACUCAUUGACGAGAAGAUACUGUGUAUGCACGGUGGGUUGUCACCAGAUUUGGACAAUUUGAAUCAGAUUCGAGAGAUUCAACGGCCUACAGAGAUUCCAGACAGUGGUCUUCUUUGUGAUUUACUUUGGUCAGAUCCUGAUCAGAAGAUUGAAGGAUGGGCUGAUAGUGAUCGAGGUAUCUCUUGCACUUUUGGAGCCGAUAAAGUCGCUGAGUUCUUGGAUAAGAAUGAUCUUGACCUCAUUUGCCGAGGCCAUCAGGUAGUAGAAGACGGGUAUGAGUUUUUCGCAAAACGGAGAUUAGUCACGAUAUUCUCAGCUCCAAACUAUGGUGGGGAGUUUGACAACGCUGGUGCAUUAUUGAGCGUGGACGAGUCUCUUGUUUGCUCCUUUGAGAUUAUGAAACCCGCCCCAGCUUCAAGCAGUCAUCCUCUCAAGAAGGUACCGAAAAUGGGGAAGUCUUGAAUUUCUAGUUCUCUCUCUCUCUCUGAAGAUAACGGUUCCACUUCCACAGCUCAAGCUAGGCAAAAGAUUCAGACUGUCUUUACAACUGUGUCUGUGUCUCCAGUUAUGUGUUGAAUGCAAUGAAGAACCCAAAGGGUACUUAGUCUGUAAAAAACCAAAAAAGUGAGAAAACAAAAAAACACUUCGUUUUCUUUGUAUAGAUGCAGAAUGAUCUGUCUUCUGCUUCUGGGGAUUUUAUCUCCUUAUUAGUCUCUUUUCUCUCUUCUUUUAGCCCUUUUAGUUUAA